AUGGCCACAAUGGCGGCGAAGAUGGUCUCCAGGAUGGCUUCCGCCAACAUAGCCUCGACCAAGGGCCUCACAACCCAUCGCCUCUUCACAAGGCACCUCACAACGGCCGCAACGACAAGCACGCCGAACGUGACGAUUGAAGCCAAAGGCCCGAAAUUGUCACCGCAAGAGGCAGCGAAACAUGAAGAGAAUUUAGACGUUAUCUCAAUGCUCCCUCCUCGACUGCGCAACUUCUUUGCCAAAUAUCCCCCGCAGUUUUAUUCGGCAGCCGUAGCUCCUACCGAGCGCCUUCUACCUCCCUCCGAUGCUUCUUUAGAUAGCACUACGACCACAGAAUCAGAAUCAGCAGAAUCACAACAAACACAGACGCAAACACAAACAACAGCAGCAGAUCCUACGACCCUAGAACCCCAGAAACUGCCAUCCCCUUAUACCCCCUCCCGAGAAGCAAAGGGCUCAAAACGCGAUCCCACAGCAUGGUCCGCCUCCAAGGCCAUCCUCUACAAUAACCCGGAAUACCCGAACCCAUUCCUCCCACAGAAAAGCCGCAAUAGCAAAUCGUGGCGGUCGCCCAAAUACGGGCUCCGGCAGCAGGCGGAUCUGUGCAAAUUGGCCAGGAGUUAUGGUGUCGAGCAGUUGCUGCCGACGUCUCGCAAAUCGACGCUUUUCAAGGAGACGCGUCUCGCUGAACGGGGUCUGGCUAUCAAGGGUACUGGUAUCGGUCAGAAGGUUAAGGGUCACAAGUGGGAGAGGACGAUGGAGACUCGACUCGACGAGAGGAAGAAGGCUAUGAUGGAAAUGCCGGAGAUGAUCAGGGAGUGGAAGCAGAGAGGUCAUGGUCGUGGAUGGAAGAAGUGGCCCCGACGAUAG